AUGUUGGCCAUGAGGAGAACGACCAAGGUCAUGUUUGAUUGGCCCAACAUCACAGUGCCCAGCUCUUCAGAGCAGGGCCUGAAACCAGGAGAUGGGGAUCUGCAGAGGUCUACAUGUGUCCUGGGCUUCUUCCCUGUCAUCUAUUAUAGCUCCCUCCUCUGUGUGGGAGUACCAGUAAACAUACUGACUGCAGUGGCUCUAUCCCGGCUGGCAGCCCGUACUAAGAAGGCUAUGCAUGUGUACCUGCUGGCUCUGACAGGCUCUGACAUCCUCUCCCAGCUCUUCAUUAUCUUCGUGGGCUUUCUGCUAGAAACAGCUGUGUUCCACCGUGAAGUCCCCACCCUCCUCCUGCGCUCGGUUAGCAUGGCAGAGUUUGCUGCCAACCACGCCUCUAUCUGGGCCACCGUACCCCUAACCGUGGACCGCUACGUGGCACUGUGCCAUCCGCUCCUCCACCGCCAGAUCAGCUACCCGGCACGAGCGUGGCGGAUUAUCACCAUCGUCUUUUCCCUGGCGCUGUUGUCAGGCAUACCAUUCUUCUGGUGGUCUGACAUGUGGCGCGUUGCCCACCCGCCCACCUCCCUGGACUCUGCCCUCAUAUGGACACACGUGAUGAUAAUCUACUUCCUGCCGUGUAGCAUCUUCCUGGUUCUGAACUUGCUGAUCAUUCACCGGCUGCAGGCGCGGCAGAGACAGGUCCCGUGCCAGGAGGAGCGUGGUGGUAGCGGGGCCCGGUUGGCUCCGCAGCGGCGCCUGGGUAAGAGCACCGCCAUGCUGCUCGCCAUUACCUCUGCGUUCGCCAUCCUUUGGGCCCCCAGGACUAUAGUGGUCAUCUAUCAUCUAUACGUGUCCUCGGUCCACAAGGACUGGCGGGUCCACCUUGCCUAUGACCUGUCUAACAUGCUGGCCAUGCUCAACACUGCAGUUAACUUCUUCCUCUACUGUUUCGUCAGUAAGCCAUUCAGAGCGUCCGUGAGGGAUGUUCUGUUGCUCAGGGGGGGUCCGUUGUACCACCGAAGGAUAAUCCACAACCAGCAGGCCCAAGACAAAGCCUCUACGUCCUUGCUGUCUAGCGGGACAAACGGUUACACCGAGACUACCAACCGCACCCCCCUAACACCCUGCAGGGCUAACGAGACCAUGUGACCCUGACCUUGAUCCUUAAUCCUGAGAUGAGACCCCUCUAAUUGAGACCAGCCCCCUCGUCCACCCCCUCUAUUAUGCCAUUCCUCCAGCCCAUGAACAAUAUGACUUCGACCUUAACUAUGGGACCUCGCUAAUUGAGACAAACCCUGUACCCUCUUCCCUCCAUCUCUUAUCCCCUCUAUUAUGCCAUUCCUCCAGCCCAUGAACAAUGUGACUUCGACCUCAACUAUGGGACCUCCCUAAUUGAGACAAACCCUGUAAACCUCUUCCCUCCUUCUCCUAUUCCAUGCCUCUAUCCGUCCCCUCCAUCCCCCCAUUCCACUGUCCCCCAACACCCCAUCCCACAGACCAAGUGACCUUGAAGUUUAGACACCCCCUUAAUUGAGACCAAACCCUCCACUCACCCCAUCCCCUCAUCCUACGAACCAUGUGACCUUCACCCUGAGACCCCAGAUCAACCCCCUUCACCCAUCCUCUUAUUGCCCCAUCUCUCUAUCCCUCCAUCCCACCAUCCAUCCCCCUAUCCUACGGUUGCCCUAAGCACUUAUGACCUCUGAACCACAGAGAACCACAGAGUGCAUUCCAUGUUCGGUGGACAGCUGCCAAUCACCCUUUGAGGUGAACAUUCUCAAAGGGCCUUUUCCUGAACUGUUGUUGGACUCAAAACAAGCAGAAUGUUUUCUGAUUCAACAUGUUAUUUAUUAUGUCCAGCGGGAAUCCGUUUAAAAUGGCACAACGUAUUUAUUUUCCGUUAGGGGGAAGAUUUGGCUUGUGACAUUACG